AGUUGGUUUGCCAAAACCGCCCAUAAACAUCAGAAGAAGAAAAAGAAGAAGAACUCUACUAGUGAUGUUUCAAAAUCUGAGCGGUGUUUUCCGAAAGCACGUCGGCAUCUUAAGAGUGAAUCCACUCGGGAUUUUCACGCGAAACAUGGGCAGUUUAAGCAGAGAAAACCGCUCCAUCCAUUCAGACAACAUCCAGGACAUUCAUAACAUCCCAAUGGAUGUGAUCCUACGACCCAUUCCGCCUGUUCUAGAUGACCAGAAGGUUCAAAGCCUCAUGAGCAGUAUACAGGAGGGCGCAGAUAUCUCCGUUGUGCCUCCCAUAGACGUGCUUUGGAUCACUGGAGAAAAGGGGGGUAAUUAUUACUACUCUUUUGGAGGAUGUCAUCGAUUUGCUGCCUAUCAGAGGUUAAAGAUGAAAUCCAUACCAGCCAAGAUAAUCAAAUCUAACAUCUCAGACUUGCGCACUUACCUGGGAGCUUCUACGCCGAAACUACUGUGAUGCAACACACUUAAGAGACGUUUCUUAUGACACUGAUAAAGAAUGUAAACUUUUUAUUUUGAAAAUGGCACUUUGAUGUUCCUCGAGAACAGCUAAAAUUAAGGAAAUAUUCACACAAGUUUCUAAUCGGAGUGCAAAAUUAAUUUCGGGUCAGUUCCUCUUCUCUGGAUGUAUUGUUUAAAGGGGUUUCAUUCUUAUGAAUCAGAGCUUUGAAUCAUCCAAAACAGCUGUAAUCUGACAUGUUUAUAUUAUUUUUGCUCAACAUAAUUUUUACUUGGUCACUGUGUGAUUGAAGUCACGAUGACUAAACAGAUCUCUCUCCAUCUGUCAGUUCAUAGUCUGACCACGAGAUGGCAGCAUUACAGAGCUGAUUGAUUAAAGCGGCGCUUCCCAACCAUUUUCGUCAGCCGAAAUCCUUUAGUUUGACCUAAAAUAUUAACUUUAAUUACCCAAUUAAAUAUUAAGUUGAUAUUGAAUGAAACGACACAUUUGCUCUGUUAUUGGUUAAAUAUGACAUGUAGAUAAACAAAUAAAACAUUUAGUAUUUUGUAUUAAGUGUUUUUCAAUGAUUGUUUUUUAAUUUUUUUUUAGUUUUAGCUUUUCAUUAACUCAUGGACUCCUGUAGUUCACUUUGGGAAGUCUUUGAGAGUUUGAGUAGAGUAUUGAACAGAGAUUUUGUCCAGUGGUGUUUGUAGGCCUACCUGAAAUGCUAAUUCAUUUCUACGAUUUUAUUAGGGGACAAAAAAAAACAGUUAAA